CCGCUUUCCACGCUUCUCUCUGACUCUACCCAUUACCCAAGUGGAAAAGGAAAAGGUCGCGCUUUAACGCGCGCGCGCGAGUUGGGUGAUGAGAAAAAAUCCCUUCGUCUAGCAUCGCUGGGUUAGAAUUCUCCAUCCAUCCAAUUCCAAACCAAACACGAUUCACACGAAUACGAUCAGAAUACGAUCGCGGAUACGAUAUUACGAUGCCUGAUUUCACCACAUUUACCGCAUGGUAAGGUUAUAACAUUUAUUUAAUUGAAAUUGCUCUCUCGACAAUGAUUAUUUAACACGAAUUUAUCUCAGAAAUGCAAAACAACUGUAUUCGAAUAUCUCUAACUUGCACAUUAGCGGAUAUUACUUAAAGUUCUCGACGCAUUACUAUGGUUAUAGAAGUAAAUCAAUAUGGCAGAACAACAGCAGACCCCUCCUGGUUUCAAGCACAUGUCUUUGGAUAAGAUUAUCGAAGCUAUGACUCCAGAUUUGGAAGGUUCAAACGGUCAUUACGCUCAGUUCAGUGUUCCUUCGCAACAAACCACCUCUCGCAAUUGGGGAGAUUAUGUGCCUGGACAAACCAGACAUCACGUCGUCGGUCAACCCACACACUCUAAUCCUUCUGGAAUACAACCUAUGACACCAAUGACCACGUCUCUAUAUAUGCAAGAUAUGUCGAAUUACGAUGCUGCGGCCCCUGAUUCAAUAUAUUUUCCGCCACAGCACACAGUAAAUCACCUAGGCAUUAACGAGAAUAAUGAUUUAAUUGGUACCAUCGAUGUCGGAGGUGGUAACUAUAUUAACGUCAUUUAUCGAAAUGCUUCUCAAAUUAUGGCCGAACAGUGUCGUCUUUCAAAUAUGGCACCGUACUCUAAUCAAAGUAUCGUUAAUCAGGAGUAUGGACUUUUCAACGAUCAACAUAUGACUGUACCAUCCGAGUUGCCCAGUCAAAACUUUAAUGGCAAACAGCUGAUAGACAAUCUCGUUGAAAAUUGGGUACCGAACCAGUCUGGUACUUACAGUCCAUUUGGCGGAUCUCCCAAUAUCACACCUGUACCGCAAGCUGUACGAGACGUAAGAGAGAGCGAGGAUUUACCUCCUAGAAAUAUAUCAGACUCUCAAUAUAAGAAACCAAGGAUGGUAGCUGAAGUGAAACCUAUGCGACCUUCGUACUCUGAUGUUUUAACAAAAUCUGCACCAACUCCGCCAUCUCCAUUAACAGUUCAGCCCAUGAAACCAAAAAUGGAGGUAACAGGCAAGAAAAUCUCCAAGAACAUGAAAACUAAAAACAAGCCUGCACUACUGAAGAGACAGAAUUCGUCCGGUAGCGACGAUCAUAAUUCUCCGAAAAUGCAAAUUCCCAAAAAAGUUUUCGAAAAAAAUACUUCCAAUCUUCCAAGACGUUGGGUGUCUCUCGACAACCUUGGUUCACAAUCAGAUUCCCAUCAGAUAAACGCAUUCGAUAGAUCCGAUCAAUUUUGUUCGGAAAGGAAGAAAUCUGAUAAGAAAUCAUCUAAGAAAGCAGAAAAGAACGAAACCCUUAACAAUACCAAGAUACAAAACAGUAAUCCCAAAACUGCAGGAAAUAUUCCGAAACGUCCGAUACAGAUAAAUAACAAUUUGAAUACAAUCAAUACAUCCAGUCAGACAGUCUCAUCUGAAAAAAUGGAAAAGAAUCAACAGAUUAUUAAUAAAGUCGCUAAAGAGGAGAAAAAAGCGGCGAAGGAAAAGAAUCCUAAACGUUUUCAGGCGGAGAAGCAGCAGGCCCAGCAGCAAAUUAAGAAGGGACAAAGAAACAGAAAGAGAGAAAGUAGAGAAUCUUCGAUUAAAGAUUUGUAUAAAAAUUUGAACAAGUAUGCGACUCGGUGGAGCAAAAUUCUCUUGAAAAUCUUUUAUUGGCUGUUGCAUUUAAUCUCAGAUGUAGUUAGCAUGAGCGCCAACCUGGUUAUUCAGCUUGGUAAAUGUGCUUGGUAUCACACUAUACUUUAUUUGAAGUGCUGGUGGAUGUACAUGGCUGUGACGUUUUGUAAAAUUCGUAUUUUAAACGCUAUUGGUAAACAAUUAGACAAUUGGCUCGGUAGUAGUAAAUUUGCGUUCUGGCGAAAGAUAAACAACACCAAGAGCGACGAGAAAGAAGAUGGUGGCAAUUGGAUUCACGGUGGGCUAGAAACUAAUAUCGCGUUACCCAGCACCGGUGAAGAAGCUAUGAAAAGAUUAUUAGCGUGCAAGGGAAAGGAUCCUUACAGCAUACUUGGUGUUACGCCAACGUGCUCGGACGACGAUAUCAAAAAAUAUUACAAGAGGCAAGCCUUUCUAGUGCAUCCGGAUAAAAAUAAUCAGCCAGGGGCAGAAGAAGCAUUCAAAAUAUUGGUACAUGCCUUCGAUAUCAUUGGGGAACCGGAACGUAGGCAAGCAUUCGAUCAGACUAGACAAGUCGAAGCAGCUUGGGGUGAGCUAAGUGACCUCUUGUCUCAACUUCAUCGAAAAAUGGAACAGGCAGCAAAUACGAUAAGAUGUACAAAUUGCGGUUUGAGACACAAACGCAUCCCUACGCAACGUCCUUGUUACGCCGCGCGAUUUUGCAAUCAAUGCAAGAUACGUCACAGUGCGAAAGAAGGUGAUAUUUGGGCAGAAUCUCGUUUAAUGGGUUUUCUGUGGCACUAUUACGCGUGCAUGGAAGGUGCAGUGUACGAUGUGACUGACUGGGCAGCUUGCCAAGCUGGGAAUCUCAAACAUCUUAGAGCGAAUACGCAUAGUGUUCAAUAUAGAAUCGUCUUAGGGCAAAGACUACCGUCUCAAACGUCCAACAGCGGCAAAAAGCGACAACAGAUAGAUCCUAAUACAAGUGAGGCGGAUUUCGAGGAUUUCCUUAACAAUCUGUAUAACCAUAGUAAGUCUGCUGGCGUUAAUACAUCGGGGGAUCAAAAUUCUUUCAGAGGUGAUAGCAGACGACGCAAAACUAAGCGUAAGAAGUAGAUAAACAGCAGUAGGUGAAUACUUGCUGAAUGUUUGACAUCGUCGUUAUAUAAUUAUUAAGUGCGCAUUACAUUAGAACGCAUAUACGCAAUCUUAAAUUUACAUUAUUCUUAAUCAUUUAAUCUUAUAUUAGCAUAUAGAUAUUAUGAAUAUUCACAAAACGCUAAUAUCUGACUGAUAUACAAUAUGAGAUUAUGAGAAACUGUGUUCACGAUGAACGUACAUGUACUAAUGUGUUGUAUCGAGUAGACUGGCACGUUAAAAAGAAGAAAGCUCGAGAAUGAUAGGAGAGUAUCGCAAUAAGUGACAAUUUGACUACAGAAACAUUCAACGAAAAUAUUUAGCAACGCAAUAGAACGGUAUUUUGCAGAUUUAAAAUCAUAAAAAAUGUCGAUUCUGUCUCAAAGAUGAUACACAGAGAUGCCAAAUAAUGAUCGUAGAAACAAAGUAUUGUAUGCGUCGCAAAGUUAGAUUUGAGCAUAAAAAUUUUUAUAUACGCAUUUAGACAAUUUGUAUGGUGUAACCUUGUGUUCUUCCAAAAUGAAAAAGAGUAACGAUAUCAGAUUACACAUUAUAAAAUCGACAAGUUUUACUUUAUUUCGUUUUUUAUCUUUUAUAAUAUUAACCUUAUUACCGAAGUACAUCAGUAAGUCGUGAUUUUUAAUAAAAAAAUAUACAUAUAUAUCACACUUAAUUUAAAUUCUGAAUUGGCAAAUGUGAAGAAGACUGAUUUUUUUUCCUCUUAUUUUUGUUACUUAUAUAAGUUAAAUAUAUACAACAUUAGUUAGAAAUACUUCUAACGAUAUACUCUGCUGUACAUUUAAACAUGUAACGAAAUAGUUUGAUUAUUUUCUUUUAAAUGAUCCUAGCAUCUUAAUUCUCAUUUUCUUAAUAUAUUUGUAUGCAUGUGUAUGACACACACACACACACGCGCGCGCGCGCGAUACGUACACGUAUAUAUAUUACAUAUAUACGCAAAAUUUAGGAAGAAAGAUUGGGAACAUUACAUAUGUAUGUACAUAUAUGUAAUGUUACAUUAUAGAAGCUGCACUGUUAGCUACGGCGUUUAGAAAAAUAUAGAACUUGUUAAGAACAUUAGGAACAGUGUGGAUUACAAAGAUUUUAUUCUGACAAGUAAAUAGAACAGUAAAGAUAGCAACAUUUAAAAAAGCAAUGAACAUUGUUCACAUUUCAUAAACGAUCAUAUAGUGUAUGCAUACAUUAAUAUAUAGUCGAAUAUUCGCAUCUUAAUUUGUGGAAA